AUGAGACCAUUAGAGAGUUUCGCUGCCCCAGGUCAAUCUCAAGAAAUUCAGAGCAUGAAGUAUUAACAUUAUGAGCAAAAGAGGUUAGCCAAGUUAGGUAUGGUCUCUAAGUUUAUUCAGGAUUUGUAUUUUAAUUACGGCAGUUAACUAGCUCUAACGACUGAGGAGAGAAUUGUUAAGACUGCAAAUUCCAAUUAGAAAAGCAGAGAACGAGCGAGCCAUGUUAAUAGAGUUAGAUCUGGUACAAACGGUUUUUAAAAUGAGUUGAAUAUGAGUUCAUCAAUGCUUCUAGACAACUUAAAUUAUUCUUACUAAGUUGAUAAGACUGAAAGAAACAAGCGAAGAUGGAUGAGAAUCUAUGAAAACAAGGAAAAACUUACAAUUGAUUAGUAGUUGUAUGUAAAGCAGAAAAUAGACAAGUAAACAAAACUAGAAAAGAUGAAAAAGAAAAAAUAAGAUGAGAUAAAAGAGGAGUUCAAGGGACUUUAGGAAUUCAAGAGUAAUAAAUUUUCUUCAGUUUUAAAAAGGAGAGAGUUAAUUGACUAGGAUUUGCAAAAGAAAUUACAGCAAAGGGAGGAGUCUCUGAACAAGAAAAUGCAGGUUACUCUUGAGAAUAAGAAGAAGUAUGAGCAAGAUUUUCUUAACUCUAAGUACUAUGGUACAAGUAAUUCGAAGUUUUUGACUUCUGAACUGGAAAUGAGUUAAGGAAGGUUACCAAGAGCAGAUAGGGCUAAAUCGGCUUAUGAUAAAGCUAGAAAAUUCAGUAAUCAUGGGAGCGAUUCCCUCUAUUAUGAGGAUUAAGAAGAUGAUUAAAAAGUUUAAAGGUCUCUCUAUGAGUUAGAAAUGAGAAUUCAGAAAGCUGAGUCUCAAAAAUACAAUUAAAUCAGUAAAAAUAUUGAAAAAUGGCACUCACACAAUGAGCAAAUUGUUUAAAAGCAAAAUUUGAAGUCAUAAAUGACUCAGUAAACUGAUUAUGAAAGAUUAAAGGAUUUGAUCGAUAAAAAUUAGAGCUUUAUGAAGAAAAGCAAGAAACGAGUUGAAGAAAUUAGAGAUCACAGAGACUUGAAGCUUGAAAGUAUACAUUAAAAAGAGGAAACUAAAAGAGCCAGACUAGAUGAAAUAAAAAAAUAACUUGAUUCAAAGAUUUAAUCACUUGAAAGUAAAUUUAAGAAGAAGGACUAGAUGGCCUAAAAUAUCCGACAAGCAAUGGAUGAGUUUUCACACUAAAAAAGAGAACUCAAGUCCAUAAAGAAGCAGGAAUAAGAGCAAAACCUGAGGAAAUAAAGAAGAGUGCAAAGUGCUUAUAAGAGGAUAUUGAUAGAUAGGCUAAAAGAAAAGGAGGAAAGGGCCAAGUAGCUUAUAGAGAAGAAACAGAAGAUCUUGGAAUAUAAAUAGAAAAAUGUAAUAAAUCUCCGAAAUACAAUGUUUUAGAGUAUCUCUAACGUUUAGCAAACCCAUCAAUAAUAAAAGGCUGAUGAAAAGAAUAAUGAUCUCGAUAUGAAUGAGCAACAAAAUUAGAACUGA